CUUCCUUCCCCCCCCCCCCUCACUCCUUUGUGUUCUUAGACAUUCCAAGAAACACAUUCAACAUUGCCGAGAUGUGGUCUGGUUCAGUUGCCAAUGGACCUGUCAGCGGCAAACAUGGACCCCUCGUGGGUGCUGUGGAUCAGGGGACCUCAUCAACACGCUUUUUGGUGUUUGCUGCAGGAACAGGUGAAGUGCUCACCUAUCACCAAGAAGAGGUGGCACAGCUCUACCCCCAGGAGGGCUGGGUGGAACAAGACCCCAUGGCGUUGCUCAAGUCUGUACUUACUUGCAUUGAAAAGACAGUAGAGAACCUCAGAACCUUAGAGAUAGACCCAGCAGACAUUAAGGCUGUAGGCAUCACUAACCAGCGAGAAACGACAGUGGUCUGGGACAAGAGAACAGGGAAGCCUCUUGCAAAUGCUGUUGUCUGGCUAGAUGCCCGCACAGCAUCCACGGUGGAGGAAGUACUUAAGGAGACCCCAGGACAGAGUCAGGACUACUUGAGAGACCUGUGUGGUUUGCCCAUCACUACCUACUUCUCAGCUCUGAAACUACGCUGGCUCCUUGAUAACGUAAAGGAGGUGAAGCAAGCAUGCGAUGAAGGGAACCUGCUUUUUGGAACAGUUGACACCUGGCUCUUGUGGAACUUGACAGGGGCCUUAGAUGGGGGAUUACACGUUACUGAUGUGACAAAUGCAUCACGGACAAUGCUCAUGAACAUCAGGGACCUAAAAUGGGACCCCAACCUCUGCAAAUUCUUCAGAAUUCCAAUGUCUGUAUUACCUGAGAUCCGCAGCAGUUCAGAGGUAUAUGGAUACAUUACUCAGGGUCCUCUCCUUGGGGUGCCAAUAUCAGGGGUUUUAGGCGAUCAGCAGGCUGCUCUGGUGGGUCAGAUGUGCCUGCAAAGUGGCCAGGCAAAGAAUACUUACGGAACUGGAUGUUUCCUCCUCUACAAUACUGGUACACAGAUUGUGCUGAGUGAACAUGGGUUGCUGACAACAGUAGGCUACAAGUUGGGCAAGGGAGCCCCCACCAUCUAUGCCCUUGAGGGUUCAGUGGCUAUUGCUGGGGCAGCUGUGCGUUGGCUCAGGGACAAUCUCAAUUUAAUCAAGAAUUCAGCUGACAUCGAGCCCCUAGCUAAGACAGUCAAGGACUCUGGGGGCGUAUACUUCGUACCAGCAUUCUCAGGACUCUUCGCUCCCUACUGGAGGACAGAUGCAAGAGGGACCAUCUGUGGACUCACGCAGGGGAGCACUGGAGCUCACUUAGCCCGGGCGGCACUGGAGGCUGUGUGCUUCCAGACUCGUGAGAUCCUCGACUCAAUGCAGAAGGACUCAGGCAUUGUGCUGAACAAACUGCAGGUGGAUGGGGGGAUGACUGGCAAUAACACCCUGCUCCAGUUGCAGGCUGACAUUGCGGGUGUUCCUGUUGCACGACCAAGCAUGACAGAGACCACAGCCCUGGGAGCAGCCAUGGCUGCAGGGGCUGCUGAGGGCAUUGCCAUUUGGGACCUGACCAAACUCACGCCUCUCACCACAGAUGACUUUACUCCGUCUAUAUUGCCUGAGGACUCCCACACACCGCCAUCCAGUAACUUACAAUCCAAUCCCACACCCAAAUACUUCAAUCAUAAAGACACCAACAUGACUAAGAACCCUACCAAACAUCACCUACUAAACAACAAAAUCAUUACUAAGACUCACCACCCGCAAACUCCUUAA